AAUGGGUCUAAUAUUUACUUUGGUGACAAUGGGGUGGAAGAAUCGGUCAUAAUCUUUGUUUUUAACGUUCACUUAUCUUAUUGGAAUCGAUAAAGUGUGGGCCCGUCGCCAGUCUUCAGGAGGCAGGGCAGGGCAAACCCGACACGAUAUAUAGCAGGAAAUUAAUCUGCGUAUUGUUUCUGACUGUUGGUCGGAGGAGCGACGUUGACCUGACGCUGUUUUUUCUGUCACUAACGUUACGUUAUUCUCCCACCAUGAAUUCAGACACAGUUUUAUUGUUGGAGACUAUCAAUUUUGCCGCAGAGAAACAUCGCAACCAGCGACGCAAAGAUCCCGAGGGCACGCCGUACAUCAAUCACCCCAUCGGAGUAGCGAGAAUCCUCAGCCAUGAAGGAGGCACCACAGACAUCGAGGUUUUGCAAGCUGCUCUGCUUCAUGACACAGUGGAGGACACAGACACAACUCCUGCAGAGAUCGAAGCAAAGUUUGGACCGGUCGUAGCGCGUAUCGUUCAGGAGGUGACCGAUGACAAAAAGCUGUCCAAACAUGAGAGAAAGCGCAUGCAAGUGGAGCAUGCGCCUCAUUGCAGUGGCCAAGCCAAACUGGUUAAACUGGCUGAUAAGCUGUACAACCUGAGGGACUUAAACCGCUGCACACCUGCCGGUUGGACAGCCGAGCGGGUGCAGGAGUAUUUCGUGUGGGCCUCUGAGGUGGUGAAAGGCCUGAAAGGAACCAACCCGGCUAUCGAGGAGAAGCUGGAGGAGCUGUUCAGACAGAGAGGGGUCCAGCUCUGACAACACAGUGGUCAUAUUACAAAUGAAAUACAUAAUAAUUAGUAAAUAAUGGAAAUAAAUAAUAUUCAUAUGCA